AUGGAUAUUUCGAAAUACAUUAUUUUACUACUUGUUUGCUCCUUUCACAUACAAAAUUCCUAUGGAAAAUUCAAGAUUCUUGCUAUAAUGCCAUUUAAUGGUAAAAGUCAUUUUUUUGUAAGUGAUGUACUAUUUGAAGCGCUGGCUCAGCGUGGAAACGAUGUGACUGUGCUUAGUCAUUUUCCUAAAAAAACACCCGUGAAAAAUUAUCACGAUAUUAGUAUGUCUAUGGAGGACGAUGCUGGUAUCCAUAAGAUAAAUAUGGAACAUGUAACAUCGACAUUCCCGUUUUUUACACUCAAAGAAUUAUUCGAAAGCGGCCUUCAAAAGAUUUGUCGCGAAGGUCUUUCUCAUCCAAAUGUUCAAAAGUUACUUAAAUCUAAGGAACACUACGAUGUGAUUAUUAUAGAGAUGUUUAAUACAGACUGUUUUUUGGGCUUUGUACAUAAAUUUCAAGCGUCACUCAUUUUUAUCAGAACCUCGACUCUGCCAAUUUGGCUUAGUGAACGUACAGGCAAUCCUGAAAAUCCUUCUUAUAUACCCGGUACAACGUCUGGCAAUCCAUCGCGCAUGAGCUUUCUUCAGCGGCUUGACAAUAUCAUUUAUUAUAUUAAUUAUAAACUGCUUUAUUGGUUUUAUAAUAAACGAUGUGAGGCUGUAGCAAGAGAACACUUUGGCGAUGAUAUGCCAAACUUACUUGAUAUAGCUAGAAAUGCAAGCUUUUAUUUAAUCAAUUCGUAUUUUGUGCAUCAAUAUCCAAAACCAUUAUUACCAAAUACUAAAGAGAUUGCUGGGAUGCAUGUGAAAGAGCCAAAAAAACUACCACAAGAUUUAGAAAAUUGGAUCUCUGGUGCGACGCACGGCCUGAUCUACUUCAACCUCGGCUCAAUGCUCAGGAUUUCAACUAUGGCUGAGGAUAAAAGGUUGGCCUUUCUCGAAUCUUUUGCUCAGUUACCACAUCGGGUGCUCAUGAAAUGGGAAGAGAAGGAAAAUACAGCUGAUAUACCUGACAACGUUAAGCUAACCACGUGGUCCCCGCAAAAUGACGUUUUACAUCAUCCGAACGUGAAGCUUUUUAUAACACAUGGCGGAAUGCUGGGAACUGUCGAGGCAGUUCACGCGGGAGUUCCGAUGAUAGCCAUUCCGUUUUAUGGUGAUCAGCUGACUAAUGUGGUUUUACUCGAGGAAAGAGGCUUAGGAAUUGCUUUGCGCUAUAAGGAUAUUUCAUUCGAAACAAUAAACAGAACUUUGCAUAAAGUUCUCUAUGAUCCUGGGUAUGCCAGGCGGGCCAAGGACAUGUCAGCGGCGUUCCGUGACCGUCCCAUUUCGCCCCUCGACGAAGCCAUCCACUGGGUCGAGUACGUCGCACGGCACAAAGGAACGGCUGCCGAGUCUUUGCUCCAGAGUCCGGCUCACGAACUGGCGUUUUACCAGUACCUUCUGCUCGACGUCUUGGCCGUUCUCCUUCUCGGGCUGCUCAUCAUUUUCUUCAGCGUAUGCCUCGUCGGCAGAUUUUUAACGAGAGUAAUGGCCGUCCGGUGUCGCGGGACGAGCGAGAAAAAAACGAAAUAGAACGCAGAAUCGAGUUUUUCUUUUAUACGGCGUUAGUGCCAAUGAAAUUUCGUAGUGGUAACGAGUAUUAAAUGUAAUGAGA